CCGACCUGAGCUUCUCCAGAGCUCCCCGCUCUUUUACUGAAAAUCAUUUAGACUGAAAGAAUUCAGUUCUCCGGUAAUUCUAAAGAACGUGCCCUUCGAACAGACAACAACAUCAAAACAUUUGUUUAAAUAUCUAGAUCCACUAUGACCCUCAGGGACUGGGGAUAUCGCCUGCUGCCGGGUCUGAAGUGGCUGCACGGCUACACCGGCCAGGAUGCAGUGGCGGAUCUGAUAGCCGGAGUGACAGUUGGACUCACUGUGCUGCCCCAAGGAUUGGCCUAUGCCACUUUAGCAGGACUACAGCCACAGUAUGGCCUGUACUCGGCCUUUGUGGGCGGCAUCAUAUACGCCAUGCUGGGCAGUUGCCGCCAAGUGACCAUUGGACCCACGGCUCUGCUCGCCCUGAUGACCAGCCGGCACACGGGAUUCGGAUUGGGUUCUGGACCAGCUUACGCGAUACUUUUGUGCCUCAUCUCCGGUAUCGUUGAGCUGGGAAUGGCAGUGCUGAAGCUGGGCGCCCUGGUGGAUCUGAUAUCACUGCCCGUUACCGUGGGAUUCACCUCGGCCACCGCCGUCAUCAUUGGUACAUCGCAGCUAAAGGGUUUGCUGGGUCUGAGUGGUGGAUCCGGCUCUGAUUUUAUUAACACCAUGCGAUCGGUAUUCGGAAAUCUUCACAAUGUGCGACAGGGCGAUUUUACCCUGGGACUGGUUUCCAUCAUUGUUCUGCUGCUGCUAAGGAAACUGAAAGACGUGAAGCUGGACGGGCGAAUCAGGAACUUGCGGACGCAGCAGCUAAUCAGCGGUAGCAUCUGGGUCAUAGCCACCGGACGUAAUGCUCUGGUAGUCCUGGUAACCAGUGCGCUGGCCUACAGCACCUGCGAGCAAAUGGACAGCUGUCCGUACAUCCUCACCGGAAAGGUCAAGAGUGGUCUGCCCAACGUGUCGCUGCCCAAGUUCGAGACCACAAUUCUGGACAGAAAUGGCACUGAGAUCACACAGAACUUUGAACAGAUGCUCUCGGAGUUGGGUCCAUCCAUGAUAAUACUGCCCAUUAUUGCUGUGCUCGGCAAUGUUGCUAUUUCAAAGGCAUUCGGAGGAGCUGGACUGAGUCCCACGCGGGAACUGGUUGCCCUAUCCAUAAGUAAUAUCUGUGGCGCCUUCUGCAGCUCCAUGCCGGUGACAGGAUCCUUCUCUCGGAGUGCUGUCAACCACGCGAGUGGAGUUAGGACUCCCCUUGGAGGAUGCUACACGAGCAUACUGGUUCUCCUGGCCCUGGGUCUGCUGGCUCCUUACUUCCAGUACAUCCCAAAGGCUGCUCUCAGUGCGGUGAUCAUUUCGGCGGUGAUAUUCAUGAUAGAAUUCGAGGUGAUCAAACCGCUGUGGCGGUGCAGUCGACGAGAACUGCUCCCAGGUGCCAUUACUUUUGUGAUGAGCCUGGCGGUGGGUGUCGAAAUCGGUCUUCUCCUGGGCGUGAGUUCCGAUGUGGCCUUCUUGGUUUACCGAGCCGCUCGACCCGUUCUGAGUGUCUCCAAACUGCAGACUACCAAUGGUAUCAACUACAUUUUGAUCCGUCCCAAGCAUAGUUCACUGUACUUCCCGGCCAUCGAAUGGGUUCGCUCGGGAAUCUCUAAGGCCCUGACCACGCACGGAACCGCUCCUGUGGUCCUGGAUUGCGCUCAUGUCCAUGAUUUCGAUUUCACGGCCGCUCGAGGAAUGGGAUCGCUGCAAAAAGAGCUCGCCAAGGCGAAUGUGCCUUUAUUCCUAAUGAGUGCCGAUAAGGACAUUGGUGUUAUCCUCAAGGAGUCAACCAAUAUUGAUUUCCCCACGAUAGACUGCCCCGAUGAUUUGGAAUACCUGUUGGACCAAACUCCCGACUAUGUUCUGCAUUUGCAGAUCUCGGCACCGCUUGUCGAUUCGCGUCUAGGACAUCGCGAUUCGGGAGAACCCACUGAACUGAGUAAACUUAAUGGAAAAUCCACUUAGAUAACAGAAGGCUCUUAUUGGAGCACAUCAGGAUAUUGUUGAUUUUAAAAGUACUUAAGUAUACGUUGCGGCACAAAAUCUUAUUUAUGGCAAAUGCAGCCCGAAAAUCGUUUAUUGAAAUGCUAUAAUACUUUAAAGUAUAUGAAGCUCUCUAAACUUCCUCUAGUAUUUAACUCGAGACACAUUUCAUUUCCAACUGUUCCAUUCCUAAGUUAAACUCUGCCCUCGAAUAGGUUAAGUUUAAAAUGUAAAUACAUCUAAAUAAGGUUUCUAUAAUUGUUUUACAUUUUGUUAAUACUAAAUUUUAAAUAUGUGUUCUGAAAUGGAAAAAUAUUAUUAUAAUCAGUUCGAUGAAAUUAGAUGUGUCUAUUUUGGCAUAUUUUGUGUAUAUUUUUAUAACUAUAAUAAUAAUUUAUUAAAAACCAG